UUAGGGUUUGGGUGGACAAGGGAUGAAGAAAUGAAGAAAUAUGGAAUGGGGGCCUUAGGGUUCACCAGGACCACCCCAGUGAGUAGCGUUCCACCUCGGCUAUUCCCAGAAGUAAAGAUCGAUAUGAGUAUUCUGGAAAAGAAAAGACAAUGGCAAAUGAAGCAGGAGUUAAAACAAGUAUUUACCUGAGGAGCAACUACUACAGGUAUCUCAAAAUAUAUACAGAUGGUUCUAAGAACAAACAGGAGUGUGUGGGAAUUGGUGUGUAUGUCCCGGAGUUCCAAAUAUCUAUUUCCAAAAGACUAUCUGAUCAGUUAUCAGUGUAUACAGCCGAAAUAGUGGCAGUCAUUAUUGGGUUACAGUGGGUGGAAGCGGUCAGACCAGAUAAGUUGGUGGUACGCACAGAUUCAAUGGCUUUGUUGGAAAGCAUUCAGUCAACAACAUCUGUCAGAGAAGAUUUAACCAUUGAACUGUACCAUAGUUUGCUAAGGCUUCACAGAGGUGGCAUGGAUGUACAGUUCUGUUGGGUACCAGCGCAUGAGGGGCUGAAAGAGAACGAGUGUGCUGAUAAACUAGCAAAAGGGGCACGACAAAAGGAAAUAACAGUACCAGUUCCACUCGGAAAAGGAGAAGGAAAAGCAGUGAUUAAGAAGAAAGGAGUCAAGAUAUGGCAGAAAAGGUGGGAGGAAGACCAUAAAGGAAAGGGGUACCAUAAAAUACAAAGGUCAGUGAUAACAAAGAACUACAAAGAAAGGAACAGAAGGGAGGACAUCAUCAGAACCAGACUCAGAUUGGAUCACACAGGUUUAAAUGGCACCAUGUUUGUACUGGGGAAAAGGAAUAGUGACAAAUGUGGGAACUGUGGAGUGAAAGAACAGGUUGAACAUAUCAUACUUCACUGUGCCAUGUAUGCAGUAGAAAGAGAAAGGCUACAUGAUAAAGUCCAAGAGGCGGGGAGGGACUGGGAUUUAAUGGGGAUACUGGGAACAGAUGGAGAGGGGGUAAGAGUCACCAAGAAGGCUUCAAUAACACAAGGCUGGUGAGCAGAAUUUAAGGGUAAAUGACAUAAUGUUACACACUCUUGUACAGUAGGUGGCGGUAUGCACCUUACAGUUGGUUGCGAUCCGCCAUUAAACCCAGAGAAGAAGAAGAAGAAGCACGAGAUCACGUGACCACAUGGAACUGAGUCACAUGCCUCCUGCCUGCUUCCCUGUUGAUAUCAUGGCUUUACAGAGGAGUGGGUUUCUCAUGUCCUCCGUUGCUUUAUGUGUGUUGGUGUCUCUGUGUGUCGUUGCGGAGGGGGGGUUUAAGGGCUUCAGGAGGUCCAAUGCAGGGCAGGAGUACACAUGCAGACAGGGGGGGGUCUGUGAGGAGCUGUGGUUCACCCAACAACUGGAUCACUUCAAUGGAGCAGACAGCAGGGAGUGGAAGCAAAGGUAUUUUGUAAAUGAAGCCUUCUACAAGCCUGAGGGUCCCGUGUUCCUGAUGAUCGGGGGGGAGGGCCCGGCGAACCCGGCCUGGAUGCAGAACGGCACCUGGCUCACCUACGCAGAGAAGCUGGGAGCGCUCUGCCUCAUGCUGGAGCAUCGCUUCUACGGGAAGAGCCGUCCCACCAGCGACCUGAGCACGGAGAACCUGCGCUUCCUCAGCAGUCGUCAGGCGCUGGCCGACCUCGCUCACUUCCGCACCGUCAUGGCGGAGGCCCGCGGGCUGGCCAACAGGAAGUGGGUGGCGUUCGGAGGUUCGUACCCGGGAUCCCUGGCCGCCUGGUUCAGACUGAAGUACCCCCACCUGGUCCACGCCUCUGUGGCCACCAGUGCCCCUGUUCACGCUACCGUUAAUUUCCCAGAGUACUUGGAGGUUGUGUGGCGUUCGCUGGCCUCGGAGAAUGCAGAUUGCCCCCGGAUUGUGGAAGAGGCUUCGAGUACCCUCGUGAAGCUCCUGAAGGACCCCACGACCUACGACAACAUCACCAAAGACUUCAACUUAUGUUCAAAGCUGCAGAUCCAGACAGAGAUGGACUCGGCCUACUUCCUGGAAACGCUGGCUGGAAACUUCAUGGACGUGGUCCAGUACAAUGAAGACAACCGGGGGUUUGAGGGAGUGAUGGGCACCAACAUCACCAUUAAGCUGCUGUGCGGGGUGAUGGCCGACUCGUCGCUGGGGGAGCCGUACGAACGCUACGCCGCCGUGGCCCGCCUCAUGAUGGAAACCUUCUCCGUUAAAUGUCUGGACGUCGGCUUCAACAACUACCUGAAGGAGAUGACUAAUGCAUCAUGGGACGGGCCGGCCGCAGGAGGAGGGAGACAGUGGGUCUACCAGACCUGCACUGAAUUUGGAUUUUACCAGAGCACCGAUUCACCAAACCAGCCGUUCAGCGGCUUCCCUCUGAAGUAUCACGUGCAGCAGUGUGCCGACUUCUUUAACGUCAGCGCAGAUCAGCUGGCGGAGGCCGUGGCGCAGACCAACGAGUAUUACGGAGGCUACGACAUCCGCUCCUCCAGGAUCGUGCUUCCCAACGGAUCCAUCGACCCCUGGCACGCCCUGGGGAUCACGCAGGACAUCACCCCCGACCUGCCCGCUGUUUUUAUCAAAGGAACGGCCCACUGUGCCAACAUGUACCCGGCCCGGAGCGAGGAUCUCCCCCAGCUGUCUCUGGCCCGGGACCACGUCUUCCUCCUCCUGCAGAAGUGGUUAAAUCAAUAACUAAAUGCUGUAAUACACCGGUGUCCAGAUCAUUAGUAUAGAAGUGAGACUGAUUUAUUUUUACGGACAUGAUUUAUUUCUAAAAGGCACUUUAUCAACAGAAGGUACAAAGAUGGGGUAUUUCAAACGAGUGAAAUGAUGAAUAAAUAAUACUUUUUUA